CGUGCGAUUGCAGCCCUCGAAAUAUUUUUUGGAGACUCGUCAGACAAAUUGUCAGCCACAUUUCCAGUUUGGUCAGACACUUUUAGAUGUCAGAAUUAUUGAUCCUUUACUGAUCCUUUUAAUCUCAAGUAAGCCUAUUCAUAGCUAACAUGACCAUCCUAGCUAAUUCACAGACUCCUGAUUUAGUUAAAAGAACUAUGUGUAGACAUAAAUAACUUUUGCCUGGCCCCUUGGAACCAGGUCUUACACAAGAAAUCCAGCCCUGUGGUUCUUAAAUAAUGCGGAGGAACGUUGACGGAGCAUGGAUAAAACAAGUCUGCAAAACUGCACUUACAGGCGGAACAGACAUUUUAUCAUGGAUUUAAUCGUAGAUAAUUUCUUCAUUUGACAAAACAAUUGAAAACCAUAGCAAGACCAAUUUAAAUAAUUUCUUUCUUUAUGCCGCAAGUGUUAUUUUUAUUCAAACAAUUUUAAAAACAAAAGCCACCUGCGGUAUAAUUUUUUUCUGUUUAAAUUUGGUUAAAAUGUAGCUGAACCUCUUAAUGAAUUUUUAAAGUUAGAUUUAAACCACAUGUAUAAAGAUUUUUUAAAUUUUUGCUUAUUUGCUUGUGUUGACCUGAAAAAUGAACAAUAGAUUUAUGAAAACAACAGUAUAGUCAUGCAUAGUAUUUCGGACAUGUAGAAAAGGAAGUUAAGAUUGAGAGAGUCGCCUUACGUAGAUGCUCGAUCAUCGUGUUUGUUCACAAUUCAAAAUGUCCCCCACUUUUCUACCGCAAAAUCAAUGCGCAACAAAGAUUAAUCUUGGAGCACGUAUCGCAUGCGUAACAUCCUUUGCACGUUCGUUUCACAUCGCACACCUACUUAAAUAUUCCUGAAAAAGACUGCUUUGCAGAACAACUGAACUAAAAUUUGCAUUUACUUAUUUGCUUGAAUUUACAUUGUAGAUUAAAGUUGUGGCAUGCAAAUAAUGUCUUGACCGCUCACGAGUAGUUGCUGUUGUUGUUGUUUUUAUUCUUUUGAGAAAUUUUAAUUCACGUUUUUGAUGAUAAUUGGGUCGCAGUAUUCAAAAAACGAUUCGUAUUUAUUGAACUGCGCGAACCCUUAUUUCGAUCAUUAAGAUGAUAGAUAGAUAUGCAUAUUUUACAUGGCUAGCCUCACAAAUAUCGAGGGAUAUACCCAGCCUAUUAUUUCCAGGGGGCAUGGGUUAGAUGGGGAGUGUAAUGCUCAUUUUGAGCUACAAAAAAACUUGUGAAAAAUUUUGUUAUAAUAAUAAUAAAAAAGUGCUAUGACCUAGUCUAGUGAUGUGAAUAGAGGCUUUUUCACGAGAGACGUGUGAUAGCACGCACACACCUUCACACACAUGCAAACUGAUUUGCGCGUGCCAUGUGAUUAAUCGCACACACAAAUUAAAUAGAUAGUUUGAUAAGUUAAAUAGAUAGUUUUAAAUAAAUUACAAGUCUUUGUUGUAAAAGAAAAAAAGAGAUGUAAGUGAAAGAAUAAAUUAAUGCUCUUUCCUUGAUAACAUGCGGUUCACUUGUUUUUGUAGUGCGCGGAUUAUGCCUUGAUUACCAAGAUGUACCUCACUUAUUUUAGAAUAUCUAAUAUUUAACAACACAACCUAGUUUUAAUAAGAAAGUAAACAAUAAUAAAAUAAAACCACGCUAACAAAGCAAAGUCAAAAAAUUAUAAAAAACAACUAACAAAAGAAUCUAGGAAGGAGGUUGGUUUACUGUGCGUUGGAUAGAAGCAAAGUUGAUUGUUAAUUUCCUUCAUUCCAAAAUGGCAACCAUUUAUGUGGUGUUCCUCCUCCAAAGUCUAAAUAUUCCUAUGCUGACCUUGGUUUUAAUGUUUGUCCAAAUAAUGACAGUGAUGAUGAUUAUGACAAUGAUGAUGACGAGUGGAUUUGUUCGUCCAAUGGUGACAAUUUAUUAGAAAAAAUGAAAAACUGUCAUGUUGAAGACCAAGAUUCAAUUAAGUGUUUAGUUCCAUCCAAACGCAUUAUUAGGCUCUCGGCUCAAGACUGGUUAGAUAAAAUUGAAGACAAAUAUUUUGAUGAGCGUGAUGACUUAGUGCGGCAAACUGUGCAGACUGCAUUGGAUAACACAGAUGAUUGUUACUCAUUCGUACUGCAUGUCAUUCACAAAGCAUUUUUUGAUUUAUUUAGUAAAAGACUUCCAAUCACUUUCCUCGCUUUAGACGAAUUUUCAAUAUGGUUGGAACUAAAAAAGCAAAAUGGUGAACAUCUGCCUCAACCUUUAUACAGUCACAAACGUCAAGCACUUGAAUUUGUCUGUCGUGGUGGAUACAACUACCUUGACAAAAUAAACGCAACAUUUCAAUUAGAUCAAGAUGAUAAUACGUCAUUGGCAGAUGUCAUACAGCUUGACAACCUAAAAUGCAAAAAACUAAAAGAGACUGUUAUCAUUAUAUAUACUUUGAAACUUCAGCAUCAGUUUGAACAGGAAGAAGUGAUGUUACCGUUGCUUGCAAGUGAUUUAAUUCAAGUUUUGGAAACAUAUAUUGGUGAUGAUGAAUACUUGCAACGUGAUUAUGUGUCCUUUCUUAACAAGCUUUGUGGAAUGAAGGAAUCUGAUAUUCAAAAAAUGAUUGUAGAAAAAGAUUUAAAGGUUAAAGAUUCAUCAAAACUUCAACAUAAAACGUUAACAAAGAUUGCGGAAAAAGCUGUUAAAAGAUAUAAUUUAUCUCCAAAUGAAUUUCCAAAGAUCUUUGAAGCAAAAAAUAUUGCCAGCUUGCUCUACCUUAUUAGAAUGAGAAUGAAAGAGGAAAAUACAAAUGGUUCAGCCAGCGUCAUUAUGAAAUGGGAUAACUUAAUUGAGACAGCAGUUUCAGGAAAGCCGUUUUUACAAAUGCAGCUCAUAUUAAAAUUUUACGAGAUGGAUUUACUGGAAUAUGCAAUCAACUGGGCAAUCAGACUAAAACUUCAUCCAAAGAAUCUCCCUGUUGAAGUGAGACAAGAAUUAAGUCAGUUUUCCAGAGAAUUUGAAAGAAAUAUGUCUUUGGAAAAUGAGACAAAUAUGUCUUUAGAAGAUGAAUCAAGUGAACAAAAAAUGGAGGAUGAUAUCAGAGGUAGUAAUUGUGGAACAGAAGACUGGGAGGCAGAGAUAGAAGCUGGUACACCUCGUUCAGCAUUUUCAUUCUCACAAGGUUUUGUGAGUGAAGAGGAUGUUUUGCAAGAGGAAUAUUACAAUUUGAAGUUAUCAAAAGAUAACAUACAUAUGAUUGAUACUGCAGAAAAGUUGAACAAAAUCAUGCCUAUUUUAUUUGUAAGUGGUCAAAUUAUUGGCUUUGAUGCGGAAUGGAAGCCAACUAUGUGUAGAGCAGGUGAACAAGAUCGGGUGUCAAUUCUUCAAGUAGCAACUCAGACGGAUGUUUACAUAAUCGAUUUGUUUACUUUGUAUGUUGUGCAUGGUUCCGAAGGUGUAUUGGAACAAUUUUUCUUCAAGUUUUUUACAUCAACUCAGGUUGUAAAAGUAGGUUAUGGCAUAACUGGCGACUUGAAGAUUUUGAUGGGCAUGUACUUAUGUGUAAAAGAUUUUAUAUUACAUUCACAUAACCUGGUUGAUCUUUGUGAGAUAAGUGGAAAGAUUACGUCACAUCCACAGGUGGCCCCAUACUUAUACGCUGCUAAAAAAGCAGCUCUAGAUGAAAAGGGAUUGAGUCUGUUGGUUAAUCGAACACUGGGAAAGAGAUUAAAUAAAACAUUCCAAGUGUCAGAUUGGGAGAAACGUCCUUUGAGUCACCAACAAAUUGAAUAUGCAGCUUUAGACGCUUACUGUUUGGUUGAAGUAUAUGCUCUCCUUCAACGUGUUGUAAAAGAAACAAAGAUAGAUGUCAAUCUUACUGAAAAUGUGAAGUUGAAAUGGCUGAAACCAAAAAGAUAUGAAAACAAACGUAAAGAUAAAUAUGAAAAACGGACAGACAAAGAGAAGAUUCCAGAAAUUAAAUCAAUUUUCAAGGGACCACCACGUCCUUCGACUUCUCUAAAGGUGAUAUGCGAUACAAUGAUGCAGGGGCUUGGUAGACAGUUACGUACAUGUGGUGUAGACACCAUCAUAUUAAGUAAUGAUCAGGAUCACUCAACAGCUAUACAGAUUUCUCAUAAAGAAAACCGAGCUAUACUAACUCAAGGAAAGCCUUUUUUCAUGUUACGAGGUCACGUGAGAGAGGGUAUGUGUAUGUGGGUACCUGAGGCUCCGUUAAAAGAACAAGUGAAAAUGGUGUUCACAAAAUACAACGUAGCACUGAAGAGUAAAGAUAUCUUGACUCGAUGUUCGAUGUGUAACUUUGAAGGAUUUGAAAAAGUGCCGUCAGAGGAGUUGAAACAAGCGUAUGAUUUAAAAUUCGACAUUGGAGAAUGUAAAAUGCCGGAAACACAAGCCACCCCAUCCGGUUUGGUUAACCUUUCGAAUUUUACGCUGUACAACGGCGUCGAAAUACAAUUAGACUUCCUAUCGACAAAAAAAGGUUCAGUUGAACAAUUAUUUCAGAAAGUAGACCAAUUUUACAUCUGUAGGAAUUGUGGUAAACUAUUCUGGGAAGGUUCUCAUCAUACCGCGGUUAGAAAUAAUUUCGCAGAACUGAUCGAUAAAAGAGAAGUCGAUGAGAAUUACUAUGGGGCGCCAGGAUAAUCACUAUAUGUCAAAUACUUAGUUUUUAGUCACAACUAUUUUAAAAAUGGCUUGUGCCGACUGCUACAAAACCGUGAUAACUCUGCACAUGAAGAGUUUUUCUACCAAUCGAAAUAAAAGAACAUGGCUACCCCUUUUUUGGUUUAGUGGGUGUGGUUAAGGCUUUUUUAAUACACGAGUAUAAUUUUGUGUCAGAAGCAUUUAUACUAAUAGUCUUUAAUAUUUUUAAGUAUAAAAUUAUUUUUAUUUAAUAUUUUACUGAAAACUCAUUUAGUGAGUAAUUGAAUUUCCGCGCCCGAAGGCGUAGGAAAUUAUUUAAAA